AUGCCAUCCUCCCCGCAAAGUCCGAAUCAAACCCCAGCUACGACGUCCAAAAGACCCGCCCCCAGAGGCACUGCUGCGUAUCCGCGCAAGCGAGCCGUCACAGCCUGUCAGGUCUGCCGUGCUCGACGCACCAAAUGCGACAACCUCAAGCCAUCCUGUUCAUUCUGCCUAAAGGUCGGGGCGAAAUGCAUCCAAUCACCCGUGGAUCUUUCUAGCUACGACCCGGCAAGUAUCAAAAUUCUCGAGCGGUUGGACGAGAUCGAACAGCACAUCUUGCGCUCCCAGGGCGACGCUACGGAUUUUCCUCCGAAAUCACCAGAAAACGUUCUACCCAAGCCGACGGUAACCUCGAAAGUCGAGACGGUAGAUCCAGCGCGGGUGCUUGUUCAACCGCUGGAGAACAUCCUUCAGUGGCAAUGUCUCGGGCUCGAUCCUACCACCCCUGGAAUGCAGGAGCAGGUAUCGCCAGCAUGGUCUGACACCACCAAUCUCGCAGCGGUUGAUCUCAAUGCGCAAUUUACCGGUUCAGCCGUGGACCGAUUCUUCACACAUGUCCAUGUCAAGAACCCCAUCCUCAACGAACGCGAGACGCGCCGCCUCUUUACCCGCAUCUCCAUGCAUGGGAUCGACUGGUCUCCCGACUCGUGCCUGGCCUUGUUAGUCUGCGCAUUGGGGACACUAGCCACUCCAUUCGGCGAGGACCAGUGCCAGACACAUCCCGGUACCGAGGUCUACCAGACUGCGCAAUCCCUUUACACGGCGGCCCAGAAACGCAUCGGGAGCGUCUUCUGCUCGGGAGGCUUGAGGGAGGCUCAAUGUCUGUUUUUAUCCGGGGUCUACAUGAUGAGUAUUUUCCAGCGGGAGCAUGCGUGGAGAUACUUCCUACAGGCGCUGGCGUGCUGUCAACAGUUUUCUUUUCUUCGACCUGGGAACCGAUCCGGAGUGCCAUUGCAGAGCAACCGCAUCGCGGAGCAAGCAAUCUACUGGUCCGCCUGGAAAUCCGAACGAGAGAUCCGCCUUGAUCUGCAAGCGCCAGACUUUGCUCUCUCGCAGGCAGAACUGGCGAUCUAUCCGCCGUUCUUCCCUACCCCGCCGGAAUCGCACGAGGUUAUUCCUGCCUCUGAUCCUACCGCGAUGGCCAUGGAUGAGAGUGCACAGCGGGAACGUCUUGCGUGGUACUUUUACUUGUCCGAAAUCUCUCUUCGGCGGCUACAUUUCCGAGUCGCCAGUUCCAUUCUCCACGUGCCCGUCUCGCCGGAAUCUGACUUACUGGAGGAACUGGCCAAGGCGACGGAGGAGCAUGAGGAGCAAGCUCAGGAAUGGGUUACUGCCUUGCCGGCUAUUCUCUCACUCCAAGCUCCACCUGAAAACGACGAUAUCUCUCAUUUCAUCUUGAGGGGACACCUCCUCAACUUCUACGAGAUGAUCUACUGGCCUUUCAUAGACGCAGCAAUCAACCGGACAGGUUGCCAGCAUACCCAUAGAUGGAGUCCUUUACUCUGCAGCCUCGUCCAGAAAGGUCUCCACCGCCAUGUGGAGAGGAUGUAUGUAAAUCAGCCGGGAUUCUAUCAUCGGCACCAUGGCACGGUGUGUCUGAUUCGGUCCUGUAACCGGAGUGCCUUGACCCUGCUGGCUGCAGCUUCAGUGGUACAAUCUUCUUUGGAACAAGGAGUGCCAUCGCCUCUAAUGCUACCUGAGAACUGGAAACACGCGGUUGCGCUGGCGAUCGAUCUGAACAGGUAUUGGGAGGGGGAGUCCGCGGACUGCAGGUUCAUACGUCCGAUAUUGGAGUUACUCUGGGCGCGAGUACGAAUUUUGGAUACUGCAUAG